CUUGGGGUGGGCUUCCAGGGCUCUGCGGCGCUGCGGGUUGUUAUUUGCUGGAUCUCGGAGGGCGGAAGUGCAGCGGGGCUCGGCUCCGACCACCUCGCCGGUGCCUUCAGCAGCUGCGCGGGCUCCGGGGACUCCUGGCUCGCGCCUCUGCGGGGCUGUGUGUCAAGCAUCCUGCGCCGCCGCCGGGCCAGAGCUGGGGACCCCAUCAUCCUCACCGGUGCGGGAAGCCAGAGGAGGAGCCGGCGCUUCUGUUUAGCUUUGGUUGAAAAAAGAAUUUAGCCUAUAUGUACUGCUUUAACCACUGGAAGAAUGACAGAUGACAAAGAUGUGCUUCGAGAUGUGUGGUUUGGAAGAAUUCCAACGUGCUUCACCCUGUAUCAGGAUGAGAUAACUGAACGGGAGGCAGAACCAUAUUAUUUGCUUUUGCCAAGAGUAAGUUAUUUGACGUUGGUAACUGACAAAGUGAAAAAGCACUUUCAGAAGGUUAUGAGACAAGAAGACAUUAGUGAGAUAUGGUUUGAACAUGAAGGUACACCACUGAAAUGGCAUUAUCCAAUUGGUUUGCUAUUUGAUCUUCUUGCAUCAAGUUCAGCUCUUCCUUGGAACAUCACAGUACAUUUUAAGAGUUUUCCAGAAAAGGACCUUCUUCACUGUCCAUCAAAGGAUGUAAUUGAAGCUCAUUUUAUGUCUUGUGUGAAAGAAGCUGAUGCUUUAAAGCACAAAAGUCAAGUAAUCAAUGAAAUGCAGAAAAAAGAUCACAAACAGCUCUGGAUGGGAUUACAUAAUGACAGAUUUGAUCAGUUUUGGGCCAUCAAUCGGAAACUUAUGGAAUAUCCUGCAGAAGAAAAUGGAUUUCGUUACAUCCCUUUUAGAAUAUAUCAGACAACAACUGAACGACCUUUCAUUCAGAAGCUUUUUCGUCCUGUGGCUACAGAUGGACAAUUGCAUACAUUAGGAGAUCUCCUCAAAGAAGUUUGUCCUUCUGCAGUUGCUCCUGAAGAUGGGGGAAAAAAGAAUCAAGUGAUGAUUCACGGAAUUGAGCCAAUGUUGGAAACACCUCUCCAGUGGCUGAGUGAACAUCUGAGCUACCCGGAUAAUUUUCUCCAUAUUAGUAUCAUCCCACAACCAGUAGAUUGAAGGAUCAACUAUUUGCUUGAACAGAAUCCCCCGUAAACAGGAUCUACCAGAGCAUGUCACCCUUCUGCUUCAGUCAGGUUCGGUGGAGGCAACCUGACCAGAAACACUGCUGCAAGCCAAACAGGAAAAAGAUUCCAUGUGUGAUAAGGGCACUGGGGCUGGUCUUGCUUUGCAUCACCACUGCUUUCCUCCACUGCCGUCAUUAAACCUCAGCUGCGACAUGAAAGACUUUACAGGACCACUGCAAGUCUUCUUUUUUCUUGUAAAAUAUAAUGAAGCCGAAACCUUUGGCCUAAGAAGAAAAUGGAAAUAUGUGCCACUCAAUUUGUAGUUCUGAUUAACAAAUAAACAGGGGUAUUUCCUAAGGUGACCAUGGUUGAACUUUAGCUCAAGGGAGUGGAAACAUUGGUUUAAUUUUCGAGAGAAUUAGACUUAAGAAAGUAAAAGAGAAAUUCUGUUAUCAAUGACUUGCAGCAGUUUUUUGUAAAAGAUCAAAUUACAGUAAACCCAUCUUUCCUUAAUGAAAAUUUCCUAUGUUUACAGUCUGUCUAUUGGUAUGCAAACAAUCUUGUAACUUUGAUAAUGAACAGUGAGAGAUUUUUAAAUAAAGCUUCUAAAUAUGUUUUGUCAUUUAAUAACAUACAAUUUUGUCACUUUUGCAGUACUUUCUGACUCUCAUACAGUAGAUCACUGUUUGUACUCUUAUGUGUUACCAUUCAGACUGGUCGUCAUCGGCAUGGAAUGAAUGUAGGGCAUAGGAUAAUGUGUCUCAGGAGCUGUCAUAGAAUUUCUAGCUGCCGAUUUUUAAAUCUGUUCUUUACACGCUAAAGGUAUAAAUAAUGUUAUCAUUUAGCUUUGCUAUUUUACCACUGUACACUGUCAAGUCAUAAUAUACUAAGCAUCUGUAUAGGAUACAUUAGUAUACUAUGUAUUUUGCAUUUUUGGAAAAACCAAUUUCUUUCCAACCUAGUAUUUUUCAUGGCUUCAGAUCUAUUAUUUCACUGUGGUCCCUGGCAGCCAGUCUUUGAAGUCUAAAGAUUACCAAUCUCCUGAAUGCAGUAGCUUUUCCUUAACUUUACCAAAAAUAUUCAGAGGUUACUGAAUUCUUAUUCAGUAUAAAGACAUUUUUGCUGCACUUUAUUACCACGCCGCUAGAACUCUGCCAGCUGAAAGUAUCUGCGUCACACUUCGUUUCUUGUGAACUAGCUUGCUGUCCAUAUUGAAUGUUGACCAUUUGGGUAUGCUAAAAGACAGAGUACCAUACAAUAAUGGUUUUAGAUUGCACAAUAAAAAUGAAUGUUUUUGUUAUAAAAGUUAUGAAUAUUGAAGUGAGAGCCUGCUGGUGCUCACUGCUUCUUUUUUUCUUCUGUGAUUUUCACUGAUUAAUAGUAGACUCGUUCACAAAAUGAGGUAAAGCUAGGCGAAGAUCCGAUACUCUGGAAUGGGUGGUGUAAGGCUCAAAUAGGAAAACAGGGCUGCAAGUGAUCAGAGGAAAUAGAAGCAAGUAGCAAAUAACUGGCUAAUGUCCAUAAAAUGAAAAGUGCCAUUUUAGUACACGCAGGAAAAAUACAAUAUUUGAGUUACUUAAGGAUAAAAAAUCCACUGACUUGUAUUUUUCCGAAAGAGAUUGAUCUGAAUAUGAUUGUUCACAUUAAAAGUGUUUAUUCGUCUAUUCAGUUUGGGGAUUUUCCCCCUUGAUGUUUUGACAGACUGAAGUGAGCAUCAGUGAACAAAAGGAUCAAAUUGCCAGGGAGUACUAAGCUGUGAAGAAGCAAGUGUGGUAAGAACAGUAAGACGUACUUUUCCACAGACAAGACCUCUGCAGCGGACUCAUGCGAGCUAAUAAUGAUCUUUACUUGCAGAUCGGAAAGUGAAUUUUAUCAAGCCAUCGCCCAUUUUUACUUACUUGUUCUAAUGAUUUGUACCAGCAUCAUAACUGUAUUACUCUAGUCCCAGGUAAGUCAAGCCUCGGAUACCCAGAGGGAGUAUAGAAACACAAAUUAGUGCCAGCUUAAAUAUCUAUUUUUGUUUUUUUUUUUAAUUUGAAUAUUUAAAUUUUAUGGUUUAUUAAAAAAUUAAA